UUUCAGUCGCCAUCAAUCUGUAAGCUUUAGCCAUUAUACGAAAAUUCUACUUGGCUAUCCACCUCUAUGUUACUAAAUUUUAUACGAAUUCACAUUCAAAGAAGGCCGGAAGGAGAUUAUUUUAGUUAUCACGUGAGUUAAUAUGUUAAUUGUAAGGAUUUAAAUUUGACCUCGUCAACUUGCAACAAGACAGACAAUCGAUCAAACUUUCUGUUCCCGCUAAUAUACACUAAACUAAGUGACAUUUAAAGCUAUUUUUUGCCACUUUCACAGUUGUUAUUUGUAGCUAUACUUAGCUAUAUAAUAGUCUAAUAUUUGUUUGGAAAAUGUGAUGCAAGGUUUGAGUCUUGGAUGCAAAGUUUGGAUCGUGUACGCCAAGCUAAACUAUUACUAUCCGGCAUAGUAUGUUUCAAAGGCUUUUCUAUAACAACAUUCAUCCUUGUCAACGUAACCAAAGUUGUGGAAAUUAGUAUAAUAACUUAUAAUUUCUAAACUUCGGCGUUUUUUGUUUGUCAGAUAAUUUGUCAGAUAAUUUUCCAGAUAACUUUGAGCAUGCGUGUCCGUGUACAGCGGUAUCAUGAAUAAUCAUAAAUAAUGAUUAUAAUUGAAAGCAAAAUGAAAGCAUAUUCAAAUUCUUAAGAUAUAGUCUGUUACCAUCCAGAAGAAUAGCAAACUACACAGGAAGGUCAAGUGUCUAAUAGCAGCAUUUCAUUACAAUGUUCAAUUUGACUAUUUUAGGCCGGAAAGCAAUCUUUUGUGUCUUAUCUUUCGAGGAAAAAACACACUAGAAAAUGAACUAUCUUUACCCUUUAACCGGCAAGCCUGGGUGAAGUUACUAUCGGUAGCGAGAGAUUUAGGGUCAGUGCUUUGGGAUAGUUUCCUAUAUACUGAAAUAUUCUCAGACUUCGCAGAUAAUGUGAAUUUUAGAAGCGGCAGUUUUUGUAUUUUAAUAUAUAGCUAAAUAUAGUUGCUCUAUCAAAAAUAUGCAAUUCUGAAUGCGUAAGAGAUGUAAGAUAAAUUUCUGACAUUUUUCUACUCUCGCCCUGAUAAGAGAUACGAUGAGUGUUCAACGGCACCAUUUUGUUGAGUUUUUUGCGUUGUAUAUGAGCUACAACCCCUCUCCCUUUUUGCCCUCAGAGUUGAAGGUUUACAGUUGAAAAUGACAACGAUAAAUACAGUGAAAUAUAUAAAUUUAUGCAUUAUCAUUCGUUUAUCAUCGAGAAUUUUAAAUAUGUACUGGGCAUUGUUUCUUCAUGAAAAUUUUAUGAAAACAAUCACCGUGAUGUUGCAAUUAUCCAAAAUAUUACGUAAACCAUAUCAUUAAUUUCCUCUUUGUGGCAAUAAUAUAGCUAACAUGAAAGAGUAUUAUUUAAAUACUAUGUAAAUCUGACAUAUUACAACGGAAUUCGAGUGCUUUAGCCGAAGAUAUGGCCGAAGCUUGUGUUAUUACGGUGAACAACAGUUCUGAACUGCAGGGCAAUCGCGAGAAGGAGCUUAAAAUGAACACGUUUUCAUCAGAUGUCAAAACAAGAGACACCAGUUCAGACAAGGCGGAAGUAGCCAUUGUUGACAUUGCUUCGUAUGCUGGAAAGAAAUCGUUCAAAGUUGCCUGUGCCGGCGAUUAUUUCGGAGCGCGAUGGAGUAAAGGUGUAUACAUCGAUGACUACACCUCGUCGGAUGGUAUUAUCGCGGAAACUCCGAAUAAUUUGCCGGUAAUAGGGGCUAAAUUUGCCGUGAAAUGCUUGUACGAUACGUCGGGCAACGAGAUACAACUUAAAAUUUGGAAUUUAGCCGAGCAUCGAAGAUAUUUUUCCGUUAAUAGCAAAUUGUAUCGAAACUCCGAUGGCGCCAUCGUGUUUUGGGGCGCGAAAUGUGAUUCGCUGGAAAGUGUUUUGAAAUAUAAAAACGAAAUACGGACACUCGAGCCAAAUAUUCCUAUCAUAUUACUCGUUGAUAAUGUAUUUCAGCCAUCGACAAAGUGGAUCGGUCAGGGUUUGGUAAUGAACUCCAGAGAAGAAAUGGAUAAUUUUUGCUCGGAACAUGGAUUUUUCGCGUGGUUUGAAAUGUUGGAACGUGGUGCCGGGGUGAGAGAACAGUGUUUUCGGACGAGCUAUGUCGACGCUCGUGAACGAAAUUAUCACAAGAAACGAACGUCAGAAAUGACAAAAUGAAUGACCCUAAUUUUACUCCGUAUCGUAUACGAACAAUGUCAAAAUUACAUAUUUAUUCAUCGAAACGUCUUGGAUUAACCCAAUAAUUCAUAAAUCAACUCAAUCCCGUUAGCCUGUGAUAUAUAAACUGUAAACUAUUUAAUCAUCUGUAUUCUGACUUAACUUUAAGCCUGUUUACAUGGUCACGUGCAGUUAAUCGAGAUAUAUUGAAAUGAUUUUGAGGUAUUAAAAUUAGUCUUGAUGCAAUCAAACAAGCACAUGCUCAAGUCGGAACGACUAUGCCGCUCCAGGAUCAUGUUAUUUACUUAUUUCAAUACCUCAAAAUUAUGUCACGUCUAAGCUAGAUCAUACAAACUGCUCUGUACAUGUUAACCACGGUUGCCAGGUUACUGAAUGAAUACGCAAAAUAUUUCCAUGCAUGUAUUUUCACAAAGAUUUCUUUGUCUUACUGUAAACAAAGAAUUCAAAGGACUGUCUAUAGCAAUGUUUAACCUCUUCUAUUCUGUAAUUUGACAACCGCAAUGUUGACUAGGAACUAGGAAGGGCAAAACCGUUUUUAGUUUCUUCAUGAAAACAUCAAGAUCGAUGAUUCAAGUGUGAAUAUUUGAUAAGAGGUUUUCAAAAUAAUGUGAAUUAUUUAAUACAAAUAUAAAGCUAUAUUAUUAUGUUUAACGAAUAAUAUUUGAAUACUCUAUUGACAAGCCUGGUUAUAAACGUAAAACGCUGUGAAAAUCUCCAAGGUUUUUGAAAAACGAGUGCAUGUAUGCCUUAUAAUGAAUUUUCCUUGGUUCUGACGGAAAUGAGUGAUGACGUAAAAUUUUUUAUGGCAUAAUCGUAAUCUUGCCCGAAGGGUCCAGGGACGUGGAUGAUUUUGUUCGUUUCCAGUCCUUAAUUCGGAAAUCAGCGCCAACUGUACCAAUUCUAUUGCUUAUCGAUGUGUUGAAAACGCCAAGAAAAUCGAUCGGUCAGGAUUUGGUAGUGAAUUCCACGACGGAAAUGGACGAUUUCUGUCUGGAACAUGGAUUUUUUGCGUGGUUUGAAAUGUUUGAACGUGGCGCCGGAGUGGCAAUCGAGUGGUUUUGGACGAGGCAUGUUGAAACUCGUGGACGAGCUUAUUGCGAUGAAAUAUUAGAU